AUGGGAAUAGUGGAAUGGAGAGUGUGGUAUGUUUACAACACCACCAUCAUCUCUUCCGGCAUUGCUUGGGUGGGGAUUUGGAGAGUCUGCUUCAUCAGUGACGUUCUCGUCUCGCCUGGCUAUAAAGAACAGUUCUGCCAUAAAUUCAGUGGCUAUGACUCCUCCAUCCCCCAAGAAAUUUACGCUGCUCAAGGUCUCCUGUUGAUUGCCAUGUUCAUGGGCUUGCUGGGACUGGCUGCCACAAUAUUUGCUCUGAGAAAUAUUUAUAUGGGAAUCGCUCGCAAAAUGCUCAUUGCCCGUUUCUUCCUGGUGGGUGGUUUCCUCUACAUAUUCGCUGGCAUGUGCGUCCUGGUUCCCGUGAGCUGGAAUUUCUAUUCUGUACUGCACAACCAGAGCAUUGCUUUUCCUCCUUCUUACUACAUGCCCUCCAGCCCAGCGGCUCAGGAAGCUGGUGCUGCCAUUCCUAUCGGGAUUAUAGCUGUCAUCCUUCUGCUGCUAAGUGGGAGUUUUUCUCUCUCAUAUAGGUUUCCGGUGAUCACAAACACUACCACAAGACUCUGA